AUGGGGGAAUUGCGAGCCCAGGCAUCAGUGGGGCCGCUGCCAAAGCCCCCAAAUGGCGUGCUGAAGACGGAGUGCGACGCUACGACGGGAAAGGUGGAGUGCCUGUGCCAGAGCGCGGGCCUGGCGUCGUGCUUCCCCGGCGCGGCCACGGUGACGGUAUCCACUGGCGCCGCCAAGCCGCUAGCGGCGCUGGCUCUGGGCGAGGAGGUGCUGGCGGUGGGCUCUGAUGGCCGCCUGCGCUACAGCCCAGUUGUCAUGUUCAGCUCGCGGCGCCCGGCCCAGCGUGCCGCCUUCGUGCGCGUGCACACCGACGCCGGCCUCAACAUCACGGCAACUCCCGGCCACUACCUGUUUGCUUGGAAGGCGGCAGCGGCGGCCACGGCCCGGGCCGCGCUGUCCCGCCCCGCCUCCUGGCCCUAUGUGCUGCCCACCCAGCUGGAGGUGGGGGACCUGGUGCCGGUGGCGGGAGCUGCGGCAGCGGCGGGCGGCGGCGGCGGCAGGCCACUGCUGGCGCGCGUGACUGCCAUUGACCGGGUCAUGGAGGAUGGCGUGUACAUGCCGCACACCCUCACAGGCGCCAUCGUGGUGGACGGUGUGGUGGCCUCUGAGCUCACCAGCGUGGUGCCGCCGGCGCUAGCGGGCGCCGUGUUCCAGCGCGGGAUGGCGGCGGCCCUGCGCGCGGCCUGCACGCUGCUGCCGCCGCACUUGGUGGAGGCCGCGGUGCGUGGUGUGGCCUCCUGGGCACACGGCACCCCCGACGCUUCCAUCAGCCAUGCCGCGAUGGCGGCCUCGGGGGCGUCGCGGGCGUGA